CCCCCCCACCCGGUUUCGAGCUCGAGAAGCCACAUCCACUGCUGUUCUCGUCACGGCUGGUCGCCAUAUUAAACCUGACGGAAUCGGCGACGCUCCGCGACAGGAGCUGUCUGGGAAGGUGUUUGAGAGAUGAGUACUUUGACCCAGCGGAGCUCCGGCCUGGUGCAAAGACGCACCGAGGCUUCGCGUAGCGCUGCGGCCGCAGACAGAGACCGCGGAUCCGGCGACGAGGACUACGAGCCCCGGCGUGGAGACGAGCAGGACGACGAUGACAGCUGUGACUCCAAGGAAACCAGACUGACCCUGAUGGAGGAAGUACUGCUGCUGGGCUUGAAAGACCGCGAGGGCUACACCUCCUUCUGGAAUGACUGCAUUUCAUCAGGCCUGCGGGGCUGCAUGCUCAUUGAGCUUGCCUUACGAGGGAGACUGCAGCUGGAGGCCUGUGGCAUGAGGAGGAAAAGCCUGCUUGCCCGGAAGGUUAUAUGUAAGUCUGAUGCUCCGACGGGGGAUGUGCUGUUGGACGAGGCUCUGAAACACAUAAAAGACACUCAACCGCCCGAAACCGUGCAGAGCUGGAUAGAGUUACUAAGUGGUGAGACAUGGAACCCAUUGAAGCUUCACUAUCAGCUGCGUAACGUCCGAGAGCGCCUGGCUAAGAACCUUGUAGAGAAGGGCGUCCUCACCACCGAGAAACAAAACUUUCUUCUGUUCGACAUGACUACACACCCCCUUACCAACAAUAAUAUUAAGCAGCGCCUUAUUAAGAAGGUGCAGGAGGCCGUACUGGACAAGUGGGUGAACGACCCUCACCGAAUGGACAAGCGUGUUCUGGCCCUUAUAUUCCUCGCCCAUUCCUCUGACGUACUAGAGAAUGCGUUCGCCCCGCUGCUGGAUGACCAGUAUGAUCUGGCCAUGAAGAGAGUACGGCAGCUGCUGGACCUGGAGCCUGAGGGCGAGAGCAUGAAGAACAACACCAAUGAGCUGCUGUGGGCCGUGGUGGCCGCCUUCACCAAAUGAAGCAGUUCAAAUAUAAAAUCAGCUUUGAGAAUCGGUAGACCUGGUGUGUCAAAAUCCUUGUAGAGUCCUUGUAGAUAUUCCUUCCUCGCUAAUCUCUCUGCAAGAUCUAUGAUUGGAUUUCUCUGUUUUUUGAUAAGGGGACCACUUUAUUUUAUCCUUGUUGAAUCAUUUGUUCAGUUGAAUCAUGCAUUUGGUUACCUUCCCACUGUGGACUGUUAGAGCGUUUACCAUUUGCAUCGCCACUCAAAAUGGCUUUUUUCAAAUUAUUUUCUUGUCUGGACAUCUGUGUUGGUAAAAACAGAUUUUACAAUUGGAGAAUUAAGCAAGAAUAUAUUUUUUCCCUUGUUUUGUUAUCAAUUUUGUGCAUUUAAUUAAAACUGAUUAAUCUGCUUAUGGUACGACUCAACAGAUGCUCAAGAAAUAAAGUACACUGCAGUGUAUCGUCAUUUUUUUUUAAAUUAAAUUUGUCUUCAUACUAAUAGUGAAGCCUGAAAAGAAACCAAAAAGGACAAAAAACAGAUUAGUAGUUUGUGGCAAGUGUUAGUGCUAACAGUGUGUCACAUUCACACUACUGAAACAAAAGAAUCAAACAGCAUUUUGAUUGCUAGUAAAUGCAAAUUUAGGGAAUCAAAAAAAAGUUCAGCUUUUACUAUUAUGUUUUUUAAUUACUACCAUUCCCUCCGAUUCCCUCGAUUCUUUCUGUUCUGUCCAUAACACCCCACAACUUCAAACUCUACCUCUUCACACAUUUAUUGUGGUGAUUCCUCAUGAGAAUUCUGAUUGAUUUAAAUGUACUUUUAUGUGCCUGAGAUUGGUUACAGAAUGCAUAGCUCUCAAGGUGCAGUAUGUUCUGUAGCUCUUUGUGACACGUGGCAUUAAUGGAGCUAGGUUCAGAAAUUGGUUGUAACUCAGUUCCUCGGAGUCCUUGUGCCCUUUGUAUAUGCUACAAGAAACUAAAUUUGAGGACCACAAGAGUUUAAUUCUAAGAAGUCUGUGCUCCCUAAAAAUAAAGAUAUGUAUGGCAUACAGCUUCAUUUUCUUUAGAUAUUUUCCCACUGAUAUAUAAAAGUCCUCAAGGUGAUAAGGGAAGUUUUAUGGUGGGGUUUAGAAUGUUUUUCAUUUCAUGUACUCUCACUUCUAAACAAACAUGGGAUUCAAAAAGAAAUCAGAAAUUUUAUAUGUAAGAGCAGAUUCCUCCAUUUUCUCAAGCCAGUAUAUUUUUGAUAGUAUGUUAUUAUAAUUAGCUGAUUAAUUGGAGGUAGUAUGGUAGGAUGGAUUGGCAUUCGGUCACAAUCUAGUUUAAUCUGUAAAGUUUCAUACUGCAUACCAUAUGAGCAAACUCUGCAUCAGUCUUCGUUUUGCCUGGCAUGUAAAAGCUAGCACAAGCAUGUCUUAAUUUCGUUUGUUUCUUACACUAUGAAGAUGUGUUUAAAAAGCCUUUGUUCAAUCAUCAUAUUUCAAUGUUUAGUUACUGUCAUUCUGUUGAUUUGUAUUCCUUUUUAUAGCAAUAAUUAAAAAAUCAACAUGCUUUUGUUUUGCUGUUUGUUUCUUUCAGAAUGAUGGUGAAUGCUUGCUUCACAAUGGUUAACUGUAUGUAGCGGUGGUCUGGGAAAUCCACCAAUUGUUUGGAAGAGUUGACUUAAGUGUCUGAAAAGUGUCUCAGAGUGAAAGAAAAUUAAAAUCGUGUGUGUAGCUUUAGGACUCACUAUAAAGGGACCCCAAUGUAUAUACUUUAUUAUUACCAUGAAAUAAACUACGGUCUUGAAAGUG